AUGAAGAGAAGGAUCGACGACGUGAGCAGCAGCGAGGAAAAAAGUGGGCGAAAAAGGAAGAAAAAGAGAAGAACACACAAGCGCAGCUCCAGUGAGGAAAUAAAAAUGGAAGGAAGGAAAAGAUCCAGAGAGAGUGAGAACAGCGCUACAUCAGAACGAGGAAGUGAAUUGAAGAGACCCCGUGUGGAAGAACUUCCUCUCCCAGUAGCAAUCAGCAACUGCACCAUCCAUGCUGAGCUUGGGAGUGGAACAUACGGCAGAGUUUGGUUGGUAUCUAUACAAGAUAAGAUCCAGCAUAUGGCCAUCAAGGUCAUUAAGAAGAGCAACGACACCAACAUAUCCAACAUCAUCACAGAGGCACGGGGGCAUGUUCUGCAUGUUAUGGAGUACGUGAGCGGAGGGACCCUAUGGAGUGUCAUCACGAACAGCGUCCGACUGGAGAUGGACUUAGUAAGAUUCUACGCAGCAGAGCUGGUGUGCGGCCUGCAGUUUCUCCACUCAAAUGGGAUUAUCCACCGGGAUCUUAAACCAGCUAAUGUCCUAGUAACCAACGAGGGACAUAUAAAGAUCGCUGAUUUUGGCUUGGCAGCUGAGGGAAUCUUUGGCAAUAAAAAGGUCAGAGGUAGAAAAGGAACACCUGCCUUUAUGGCCCCAGAGAUGCUAAAUAAGAAGAAAUAUAACGCAGGAAUAGACUGGUGGUCAUUAGGGAUCACCAUAUGUAAAAUGGCCUCCGGGACCUCACCAUUCAAGCAGGGCAAGGCAGAAUGCGGUUCAUCUAUUCAACAUGCAGAGCCUUGCAUUCCAGAAUGGUUUAGCACAGAACUGCAAGAUCUCCUGCAAAGGCUCCUGAAGAAGGAUCCAAAGGAACGGCUAGGCUUGAAUGGAAACAUUCGGGAGCACCCAUUUUUUAACACCAUUGAUUGGGUGCAACUAGAAAGCCAGAAUGUACCACCUCCUUCCCAGCCAGUAGCACUAUCAUCAGUGGAUUUCAGCAAGACAUGUGAGAAACCACCAUCAUUCUUGGAGUCCCUGAAACACAAUAUCACUUCAGGUGAUGUAUCCCUGCAAGAUAUGUCAUGUCUGGAGUCCAUUUCACAGUGCCAAGCUGUUUCUGGACCUUCAGACACUGAUGGCAUUCUUAGGCCCCACCAUCAGCCCAAUACCACCAUAACCAGCAGGCCCCACAAUCAGCCGCGUUUGGUUCUGCUGCCCUCUCCAAGAAGUCUUAACUUCUGGUGUCUUGUCAUCACAAUUGUCAUCAUUAUACUGGCCUACCGGCGGUACCAGCGGUUGCCAUGUUCCUAA